AUGGCAGAUAUCCAGAAGACUCCCUUUGUAAGGGAGCUUGCGUCAAGUGACCGCAAAACCCGCGACAAGGCCGUCGAGUCGUUGACGCUGUUCCUCCGCUCUCGCACCGAUCUGUCUCUGCUUGAGCUCUUGAAGCUGUGGAAGGGACUGUUUUUCUGCUUCUAUCACUCCGACCGCCCGCUCACUCAGCAAUCUCUCGCCCGCUCACUGUCGUACUCGCUGGUCCCGACACUUCCUCGCGCGACGCUUCACCGGUUCCUGCGCGCCUUCUGGAUCACCAUCGGGCGCGAUUACCAUGCUCUCGACCGGCUCCGGCUGGAUAAGUAUCUGCUCCUGAUCCGAUGUUAUGUCGGGGUAGCCUUUGAGGUGUUUCUGAAGGACGGGGGGAGUGUAGAGACGGGGAAGAAGAGGAAGAGGAACGGAAAGAUGGGGAAUGAGAAGAAGAAGCGGACAAAGACACAAAAAGAGGGGCGUGGAUCAUCUGAGGGCCAGGAGGAAAAAGAGGAAAAAGAGGAGGAAGAGAAAUGGUCGGAUCUCUCUUCUUACCUCUCCAUUCUAGAGGAAGGACCGCUCUGCCCCGUCAAUUUUGACCCGGAGGCCCCCAAGGUUUCUUCCGAAGAGGAGGGAUUGUCGAUUGCCAUGCCCCACGGCCCAGACGGCCUCCGGUACCAUAUCCUGGACAUCUGGUUGGACGAGCUGGAGAAGGUGCUCGAGUUCGAGGAAGACCCGGAGACGGGCCGGAAGGCUAUCAAAGGCGGUAUACCCAUGGAGCUCCUUCUGCGGCCUGUCGAGAAGCUCGUGCGGGAGAGCCCGUAUAAGCCUGUGCGGACGAGGGCGGCGGAGACGCUAGAGGACGAGCGAUUGGUCGAGUGGGGGGUGAGAGAGAAGAAGGAGUCCCAGAGCGAGGAGGAGGAGGAGGAGAGUGAAGAAGAAUGGGGUGGAUUCGACUAG